CAGUGUGUGAGUGAAGGUAAACGCGUGACGGUUCUGGUGUUGUUUUUCUCAGCCGAAGCAGACGGCGGCAGACGCUUAUUGUGUCGGAAACCGAUUUCACGCCUGUUUCUAUAGUGAUCAUGACGCGGGAUUUUGCUAAAAGGCCUUAUGAUAUUUUCUGUAUAGAAAAUGUUUCCGUUUUUAUGUGAUGCGUCAAACUACGUUGAUAUAUUGUCUGCAAUAGGCUACGAGUUGCAGUGGAUGACAUCAGGUCGAGUCCUAAAAUAGAUUGUUGAAGGUAUUCUGGUCGUUGGAGGCCAAAUAAAAAGCUGGAAAAUGAAAUAUCCUUAACUCUUACAUCCAACGUUUUAAAUGUGAUUAUUAUUGCUUUGCAUGUCGUUUUAUAUGUCAUAUUUUUAGAUUUUAUAUAGUGCUGUGGAUUUGGUUUGCUAUCUAAGUUGUUCAGAAAACCUGUAGAGUCAAGAAUCUAAGUUUAACAUAUGAGUGAUUAAAAAGUUUUCCUAUUUAAACCUGUACAUUUUAAGAAGUAUCAAAUUAGGCUAUAUAGCUCAUUUGUAAUUUUGGAAGCUGGUUGUUUAAUACAUCUGCAAUGUAACAAGGGUUUUACCACAUAUAAUAAUAGGCUAACCCUAGGCUUUAAAGUCUGGGGAAGGUGCACAUAAGAAAUGUGAGCAAGGACUAAUUUAACUGCCUUAUUAGGGUGAAGCAGAUCAUGAAUGCAGAGGCCAAACCAGCUCAGCUCCACUGGGCCUUAAGCUGUUGGAAUGCAGAGAGUAGUGGCAGCUGUGUAAUGAUGGGCAUUUUUCAGCCAGGUGCAACAUUAUUCUGUAAGCCACUGGUGGGUUUGGAAAAACAUUGAAGGGUUUGUUAAGCACUCUUCUGUGUUUUCAUAUUUAUUACAACGAUUCAUGCUAUUUUGAAGUUUCACAAAGACAACAAGAAUGUUUAAAAUGUAAACUUUCAUCAUGAUAGGUUAGGGAACUACAGCAAAGUACUUGUAAAAUGAGCGGUUGUGUCUUUUAAUUCGCCCAUGUCCAGUUAGAACACCAUUUCAAAGUUCUGAUAUUUUAAUAUGAUUUAUCCAAAGUACAUUAAAUGAUCAAGAAACAGGACAAAUAUGGCGUUAAAUGAGUGUACUCAUUUAAAGGUCCAAUGUGUAAGUUUUUGGAGGAUCUACUGACAGAAAUGCAAUAUAAUAUACAGUACAUAACUAUCUUCAGUCUUCAGAGGUGUAUAAAGACCUUAAUGAAGCGUUAUGUUUUUAUUACCUUAGAAUGAGCUAUUUCUAUCUACAUACACCACGGGUCCCCUUCCAUGAAAUCCGCCAUGUUGUUUCUACAGUAGCCCUAAAUGGACAAACUGCUCUACAGAGCACGUUUCGUAAUAGGUUAUCUCAUUCAGCAAAGAAGAGAAAACGUGACGACAUCUUAGUUCUGUGUCAACCACCAUAGUGCUUCAAGAGGGAGUGGUGGAGUGACCCGUUGGUUGAAAUUCGAAACCUCUCGUCUAGAUGAGGCUAAAAAGACUCUGCACCUUUAAAUUGUUCCGUCUAAAGGCUUAUUCACACCAAAAACAAUAAUAUAAAGACAACUACAAAGUUUGAAAAUCGUUCUAAAUUUUAAAAAAGAACAGAAUCCACAUCACAACUGUACUUAUCCUCUAUAUAGAGCAACAAUGUUGGUGAGAUCACUUUCAGAGCAAUUUUCCAGCUCAUAAAUGAUAAAACACUGAAAGCCAAUAAAAACACUUAAAUACAAAUGCCCUUUAAAAUGAACUGUGCUAGUUUAAAAUAAACAAAUAUAUCAUCUGUUAUGGAUGUCGAUAUAGUUAUCGUUCUUGGUGUGAAUGGGCCUUUAGUAAGUGGCUCUUAGCCAAAUGAAUCUUCAAAAAUCUUUUUGCCACUGUCAAAUGUCUAGCCAACCAGUAUAUUAUAACAAAGGUUUUUAUUUUAAAAACACUCUAAUAGAUAUGUCAACAAAUGCUACAUCAUAUAGUGGGGUUUCCUGUCUGUAUUCACGUCUCCUAACUGUAGAUCAUGACACCUUAUUGACAUGACUUGACAGGAAGUCAGGAGAUCAUAUUCUCUUCUUCACUCACAUGUUACAGACUAUUGCUGGUCACUGUCAGUCUUUCUAUUCUGGGGCAGACUGGUAAACAGACUACCAGUAAGCAGGUUGGCAUUCAAGUUGCCUAAUACCCAGCAGGUAUGAGAGGAACGAAAGGGUUGCUUCAUAAACCAUGACCUAUUUAAAAGCUGGAGGAUGAAAUGUUUAUUAUUCAUCACGUAACUGCUGUUUAGCUUGGAUAGAUGGUAAAGUUGUUACAGUGUGAAAUCUAACUUCUUUUCAAAAUGGCUGUCAGUUACAUUUUUGCUAAUUCCUUCUGCAAACAGAUACAAGGCAAAGUGAUGUACAGUAUAGUUAAAUCAGAAUCUCUUGAGAAUCUAUUACAUGCACAAGGGAAUGCAUUAGCCCUCAGCCCUUCUGCUAUGCAUAAUGUAGGUCUGAAAACUGCAGAGAUUCGCUGUUCAGAACAGGUCUGUAACCCUUUGGGGCCCCUCUCUCUAUCUCUCUGUCUCGCUCUCUCCUCUCUUUUAUUCUUUUUGAUGAGCCAACCUUCAUAAAACUUUCAGUUGCCUGCUGCAUAGGUGGAUCUAUGAACUGAAUGUCACCAGACUGUAGAUGUUGGUGCCUUCAAGGACUUUGUUUGACAGCCUGUUUUGAUACCUGAUACUAAACAGAUAAAAAUACAGUUUUAUUUUAAACAAACUCUAGUCUAUGUAGGCGCACCAAUAAUACUAUCAACCAAUAAAACCAUUUCUUUCUUUAGUGUCUAGGUGAUAAUACAAACAUGGAAAAACAAAAUCUCAUCCAUGUAUACUGUUAAAUUCUGUUUUGAUGUAGUUAAAAACUUAAAAUUAUUAAACCACAUUUCACCUUUGAAUAAACUGAACUUUAAAUAUACUGUGGGGAAAGGGACGUUUCUGUGAUCUGUCUGUAUGAUGCCCACCCCCAGCCUGUGAAAAUGGACACUGCUGGUGUAUUUUUAGAGCAGACUCAGCCACGCGCACUCUUAAGAGACUAACCGUUGCUCACAUUCGUCAUAACCGUAUGAUAUUUCGUUCUAGAAGCUACGUCGUCCUUCUAACGUGCUGUCUUUUCAUCAUUUUAAACACUUUUGAAAACGGAAGACAGAUGAACCCAGUUUUCUGAGUGGAAGAACGUCAAAAGAAAUACACUAAACUUAAAGGAGCUGCUAUGGAGAAGCCUGUUUUACAAACGCAGCCCUCUAUGCUGCCUUUCUUUGACACGGCCCAUGCUGUCAACUUGCUUCACGGUAUCCACGAGCUCCGCGCUGAGCGUAAGUUCUUCGACAUCACAUUGUGCGCUGAAGGAAAAGAGUUCCACUGCCAUAGAACCGUGCUGGCCGCCGCCAGCACCUACUUUCGCGCUAUGUUUGCAGGAACGUUACGAGAAAGCGUCAUGGACCGUGUGGUACUGCACGAGGUGUCGGCUGAACUGUUGGGGCUCCUGGUGGACUUUUGUUACACAGGCCGCGUCACCGUCACUCACGACAAUGUGGACCUUCUUCUCAAGACGGCGGAUCUGUUUCAGUUCCCAUCUGUUAAAGAGGCGUGCUGCGCUUUCCUGGAGCAGAGACUCGAUGUUUCCAACUGCUUGGAGAUCCAGGACUUUGCGGAAGCUUAUGCCUGCCGUGAGCUUGCUACAAGCGCUCGCCGUUUCGUCCUGAAGAACAUCGUGGAGCUGGCGAAGAGCAUGGACUUUGAAAGGUUGUCGUGGAAGCGACUGUUGGAGUUCGUAUCAGACGACGGACUCUGCGUGGAUAAGGAAGAAACUGGGUACCAGAUCGCCGUGCGCUGGGUCAAAGCCGACCUGAAGCACCGCUUGCAUUACUGGCCCGAGCUGCUGCAGCAGGUGCGACUCCCGUUUGUGCGACGUUUCUACCUUCUGGCCCACGUGGAGAGCGAUCCGCUGGUCUACCUGUCACCGGCCUGCUUGAGGUUGGUCAGCGAAGCGCGUAGCUUUCAGUCGUACGAAUAUGACCGCCAUGAUAGACCCAGCCAUCGAACUCGCCCACGUCCCUCAACUGGCCUGGCGGAAAUUUUGGUGGUGGUGGGAGGAUGUGAUCAGGACUGUGACGAGCUUGUUACUGUGGACUGUUACAACCCUCAGACUGGACAAUGGAGAUACUUAGCAGAAUUCCCAGACCAUCUUGGAGGUGGCUACAGCAUAGCGGCCCUGGGCAAUGACAUUUACGUAACAGGUGGCUCAGAUGGAUCACGUCUCUAUGAUUGUGUUUGGCGAUACAACUCCAGCGUGAAUGAGUGGACAGAGGUCUCCCCCAUGUUGAAAGCCCGGGAAUACCAUAGCUCUUGUGUCCUGAAGGGUCAGCUGUAUGUGGUUGCCACAGACAGCACAGAACGCUAUGACCACACUCUAGACUGCUGGGAGGCUCUUCCACCCAUGCUGCACCCUAUGGAUAACUGUUCUACCACGGCGUGCAGAGGGCGGCUUUACGCCAUCGGCUCAUUAACCGGAGACGACACAAUGGCCAUUCAGUGCUAUGAUGCUGAGAGCAACCGAUGGUCACUGGUCAAUAGUGGAGAGUUGCCUCCGUGGUCCUUUGCUCCCAAAACUGUGACUUUAAACGGCUUGAUCUACUUCAUAAGGGAUGAUUCCACUGAGGUUGACAUCUACAACCCACAUAAAAAUGAAUGGGACAAGAUUAAUCCCAUGACACAAGUUCAUGUCGGAGGCAGCGUUGCAGCUCUCGGUGGUCGACUCUACGUGUCCGGUGGCUAUGACAACACGUUUGAGCUCUCCGAUGUGGUCGAAGUCUACGACCCCAGUUCUCGAUCUUGGACCCCCGCCGGCCACCUCCCCCAGCCUACUUUCUGGCACGGAAGUGUUAGCAUAUUUCGUCAGUUCAUGCCCCUUGUCCCAAGUACCUUCGAACCUAUUGACAUGCCCGAAGCCAAUGCCAUCCACCUCCACAGACACCACCGCACCCAGGCACUUCACAACCAAAACAACAAUGUCAAUCAGAACCUCAACCAAGACAUCAAUCCAGUCCACUGAAAGCUUUUCAGAAUGUGGCAAUAAAGGUUUCUCGGACGUUUGCAGAGGGCUAUGACGUGACAUCGCGACUAGGUGUUUUUCGCACUUUAUGACUAUGAUAUUUAUAUUCACCUCAA